AAGGAAAUGUCACCGUUUGAUGAGCAUAAAAGCAAAAGCCCAUUGUGUCCAUUUGUGACGAAGAUGACAUGCCUUGAGAAGAAAAAUGGAUUAUCAGUAGGUAGGUAGCGACCAGAGACAGUAUACUUAGACCUUGACCUGUGAAGGUCAAGGUCAAAACUUGUAGGAGAAACUAGACAGUUUAACUGUAAGGUGGCGUAUUGUUAUUCGACCUAAUGAAUAAUUUUGCUUCGGGUUUGGUCCUGACCUAUAAAGUUGAACCUGGACCUGCGGACCUGCACUUAAAAAAAUAGACCUAGACUUGGACCUGGCCUGAACCUGGACCUAUGACCUGAACUUUUGACUUGGACGCUGGGUCCGUUGCAUGAAAAAAUUCUGAUAGUGCGAAUUUACAAUAUCCUGUACUUAAGAACAGUUCUUAGAAUAUAUGAGAAGCACGUGAUAGAUAUUUUGAACAAAAAUGUCUUUAGGUAAUAAGGUCAUUACGGUAUUUCAUAUUGUUCUCAGAAUUUCCAACAGGAGAGAAAAUGUGUAUGAAAUAAUUCAGUUUCACACUGCUAGAUAUAGUCAAUGGCUGAUAUGUUGCUUAUGUGGACAGGUCACAGGUAGAGGUUCAGGUCAAAGUCCAGGUCCCCUUUUCCAAGUUCACGUCCUACAGGUCAAAGUCCGCUUUUGCGAGGUCAGGUCUGGACAUUUGAUCUGGAUCUGACCUGGACCUAACCUGGACCAUCCUGUCUCUGGUAGCGACCAUUUUUUUCAUAUUGAAAUGAUGUAACUUUUCCUUCUUCAGAUCAGUCGGCGUCAACUACCGGAAUCAAACCACCAAAAUUACAAAAAACGGAAACAUCGACAUGUGUGGUAGAUGCUACUACUCAACAGAAUAAUAAUAAAAGAAAGCAACAACAGGAAGAAAAAUGUUCACUAGCUACAAAUUUUGUUGCCGCAAAAUGGUUGUCUGAAUUAGAAAUAACUCGACAAGUGCGCCGUAGAACACUUUCGCAUUGGCCACAUCAAAUACCAUCGAGAAACCAAAUGUAUGAAGCUGGCUUUUUUGGUUGUAAUGUUGGAGAUCGUGUCAUAUGCAUAUACUGCAAUGUGAUAUGCCAGCAGUGGACGUCCCACAAUGAUGAUCCAAUCGAAGUGCAUAAACUAAUAUCACCUAAUUGCCCCUACGUUAAAUCACUAAUCAUGAAAACUAGUCAAUCAAGCAAUGUUCGAAUUGUUAAUGAAAGUGACAGUCGUCGAUCAACACAAACGAUCUCAACUAUCAACACUAGUACUACCACCGACAAUAACUCCAUUUUACGGUGUAAUGAAAUUGUUCUAACCGCGGCCUGUAACAUUACUUACAGUGAAAUCCCAAAAAGAUUUGCUUCGUUUACCACGUGGCCGAAGGAUCCUUUACCAUCCAUCGACGAUUUGGUCAAGUCUGGUUUCUAUUAUACUGGCACGAAAACAGUUGUCACUUGUUUCUACUGCAAUGGGUCCCUACAGAACUGGGGAGAAAAAGAUAAUCCGAUGAUUGAACAUGCGCGCUGGUUCCCACAGUGUGCCUAUGCUCGUCAACUUUGUGGCGAUGACUUAUAUAGAAAGAUUCAAGAAUCAAAACGAGCAACGCAAAAUCGCUCGAGUUCUCAUGAUCAAAGCAGAGGAUUCUCUCUAACAAAUACGAAUAGAAAUACAGACGAGACUAACGAUAGUUCGAGAACAGAGACAAAUACUUCGAAUAACAGACAGCUGCAAAUACCAGAUGAAAGUACACUAUCAAGAUUAGUUUCUGCUCGAUUAGAUUUGCCAGCAUCACAACAUUUAUUGAAUAAGAAUGUGAAAUUAUCAAUCAUAAAACGUUGUUACGAAGAUCAAUUGCGUUUGAAACAUGAUGAUUUUGUGAGUGAUUGUGACUUAAUGAUGGCAUGUACUAUACUUCAAAAACAAAUUGAUCAUAUUGAUGGAAAAAAGGAGAACAUUAUAAUACCUAGUGUAUACAUGAAGAAACUACAUGAACAAGCAGAAAAAGAAAGAAUAGAAAGAGCGAAAACUGAAAAGAUUGGGCAUCUGUCAGGUUCAUCACAAGUAAUUUCUCCCGCAGUGGCUUUACCAGCCGCUUCAUCCGGUUCGGAGAUGGCCUCAUCAACAAAUGAAUCAGGCUCAUUACGUUCUUCUACACUCCCAAUGGAAACAAAUAGUGGUAAUACGAAUGCUGACAAAGAAAAGGAAAAAUCUCAGCAUCUAGCAUCGGCGGGGUCGAAUCUUUGCGUACUUUGUUUGACCGAUGAAAAACGUUUAGCAUGCAUACCAUGUGGCCAUCUAGCUACGUGUGUCCCUUGCGGGCAUUCAUUGAGAACCUGCCCGCUAUGUCGCCGUGAUAUCGAAGCCUUCGUACGAGUAUAUAUUUAA